GAAAGAAGAAUUCCAGAAUAAAUCUAAGAGGAUUAUUCAUUAAAUUUGUGAAACCAAACGUUAGCCACCAUGAAGAUGCCACUAUCAACACUUCUGCUGUUACUACCGUCGAGCCCCGAGAAGACAUAACUUUAGUUCAGGACGGACCAGUAUUACUGUUACCUAUCGGUAAAACGGCUGACUGCCUUAGUUCAUGCUGCUGCUAUGUCUUCUGUAAUUAUAUAUUACAACGGUUAUUUGCGGACGUGAUUGCCGCAAUUUUUCUGCUGAGUCAUCAGACAUAUAGCGCUACAUGUAGCCAUCACGAACAGAACACAUUUAAACUCAUAUUGGAUACGUGCAUAAAUUGGAUGAUUAAUAAAUGCCUCAAAGACUUCCUUCCUUCACUCUUGGUUCUCUAACCGGAAUCUGGUUCAUACUUUGCCGCCUCAACCAGUUAAAUUUUGAGAGCAACAUAAAGCCAGAAUGGACCCAGCAGUAAGUGAUGCAGAGACAACAGAAAGACCUUGCAGCAGGACAAAUCUGCCACCUCAGCUGGAUGAAUAUGAGGUUGGAUACCAGGGGACCCUCCUCCUAAAGCUUCUACCUCCUGUCCUAGCCAGCAUGGAAGCAGUUCCAGGAAGACGUCUCAUAGCGACACCAUCUCUCAUUCCAGGACCAGCAGGCGUUCAGUUACCUCAUGAGGCCUUUACCUACAGAGCUCUCUAUGUUCCAGACUGCUGCUUUGGAGUAAGAAUUUAGCAGAGGCAGUUUGACAGUCUCAGGCAACAGGUAGAGGAAGAUUCACUUGCAGACAGGGAAUAUCAGUGGCUGCAGAAACAAGUUAAAGAAGCUCAGUGCAUCCAGGAGGAGGCUCUCACAGCAAAGGAGACUUUGUCCAAACAUCUAGAAAGACAAAAAAGCUGCAAGAAGCAGAGACUGAGCUAGAGGUAGCGAAGCUCGUAUCAUACAUGCUUACUUUAGACUCUGGCUCAUCCACUCAUCCAAUCCCUUCAGGCUCACCAGUUGGCUCUUUGGAUCCCACUCAACUUAUUCAUAGCAGCCCAGCUGUGUGUCCACAGUCUUCCUCCUUGCAUCAGCAGCUCUCCUCCCAAUUCCUAGUGUUGGCACUGCAGCCCAUCACAGCCACACUUACAAGUCCAUAUGUGAUACAACAGGCAUUAUUCCCUCCAGUGACACCGCGUGCUCAUCCAGUGCAGCCUCCAGUUACCGGCCAGCGGAUAUCAGCCCUGUCACCUCAUGCUCCAAGCUUUACUCAACCAUCCUCAUUCGUGCACCUCCCCCACACUGGGCAUUCUGCAUACCCGGGUACAGAGCUACUGUUCGCCUCGGCUUAUGGCAUCCCACAACCUAAGCUCCCAGUGUUUGAAAGUGGUAAUGAGAGUGACUUCGCCUUGUUCAAAUUGGUAUUGGACAAUUUGUUGAGUAACCACAGCUAUCUUAGUGAGCAAUACAAAUACCAUGUCUUGUUAAGACAUUUGAAACAUCCCAGUGCUCAGCAGCAAUCUAAAUCCUACAUGUACCAUCCGCAUCCAUACUCUGCUGCCCUGCAGGCACUUCAAGAUAAGUACGGGCAGACACAACAACUUGUGCAAUCAGAGCUGGGCUCCAUCAUGAACAGUCCGUCACUUAAACUGGGUGAUGCAAAUGCCUUUGAUUCCUUUGCACUUUCUAUACAAUCAUUAGUUGGCAUGCUGAGGACUCUGAACAAUCUACGCUCUGUUGAGAUCCUUGAGCCUACCAUGAGGAACAUUUACAAAACUUUGACAUGUCAGUACGACCCCUUGGGGUUCAUUAUCCCAUUCACAACAAGAGCCAAAGUCAUUAUCCAAGACCUCUGGAAGCACAACCUUGGUUGGGAUGACCCCAUAGAGCCAUUACCUUUAAGAGAGAAGUGGCUCGCUUGGGUAGCCGAACUUCCAACUUCCUCAGCUGCAGUUCUCUCGAGCAUACACCCCAGCCUCUGCGGACAAUCCUUCAGCCAUUCGAGAGCUUCAUGCCUUUAACUAUGCCACGGAAAGAGCCUAUGGUUCUGUUGCUUACUUUCGCACCACAGUUGAGCAAGGACAAGUUAUUGUAAACUUUGUCUUGGCCAGAUCAAGAGUGGCUCCUCGUAAUUUUUUGUCUAUGCCUCGUUGGAUGCCCAGUUGGCCAAGGUGAUCCGAGCGGAGUUGACCUUACCUAUCCACAGGGUCACUUUUUGGUACGACUCUACCACUGUGUUAAAAUGGCUGACAUCGGAGCCCUGCCGAUACAAAGUGUUUGUGGGGAUACACAUGGCAGAGAUACAGACUCUAACAAAGAUGGCUGAAUGGAGAUACAGUAUGUGGAUAUGGGUCAUAACCAAAAGUUGGCAAGCCCUCAUCAGUGGAGUUUAGGACCAGCCUUUAUGAUUCAGCCACCCGACCAUUGGCCAUCCAUGCCUAAAACUGAAGAAAAACCUGAUUGCAGUGAAAUAAAGAAGUCUGCCUUUAUUGGAAAUGUUUCAGUACCUAGCAAUCCUCUUCCUGAUCCAGUUCAAUUCCACAAAUGGCAAGAGCUUGUCCAGUCCACUGUUAGAUCCCUGCAUGGGGUGGCUGCAACAAACACUGACCAUCCUAAGGAGGUCUUCGAUUACAUUAAGGUGGAGAAGCUUCUUCUGGCACGGGCUCAAAUGGAUUCAUUUCUUACUGAGGUCAUGGCUUUAAAGACUGGACAUCCUAUUCCACAUAAGUCGUUUUGUCUCACUUGCCCCUGAGUAUGAUGAUGCCACUGGUCUUAAUAGAGUGGGUGGAAGGCUACGGCAUGCCAGUGACCUCGACCUAGAGGCCAUAAACCCAAUUGUGUUAGACCCUAGGUGCUAGACCCUAGGAGCCACCAAGCUGCUAAUUAAAGACACUGAUCAGCGACUCCUUCACCCUGGCUCAGAACGGGUUCUAGCUGAACUGCGGCGCCAGUAUUGGGUACUCGGAGGCAGAGAAGCAGUUCGUAAACACAGACUUUAAUCUUUUUACUCCACUUUCAGAGACUUAUUUUGUGUGGGAGUGUGACUUCCUCCUAUUCACAGAAGUCCAUGUAAGUGUUUGUUAUAGAUUUUGUGUGUGUAUGCCUUCAAUCAUCUUUGCAUCUGAAACACUUUUUAUUGAUUGAUUUAUCGUUAUGGACUUGGCUAAGAGAGAAGACAUAUUUUAUUUAAUUGUCUUGUUCUGGCUUGUUUGCAGUGUCACUUCCACUUCUGCCA